AUGGAGGAUUAUACAGUGAACGAAUACGUCGACAUGCAUCUCAUGUAUGGUGAAUGCGAGUGCAAUGGAGCAGAGGCAGCGAGGAGGGACCGUCGUGGCGGAGGGAGACCUCAACGUCAUCUUGACGUCGAGGAGGAGGUCUUGGAGCGCGUGGAGGAUGACCCGAUGGUGAGCUGUCGGGAGCUCGAGAGAGCAACCGGCUGUCCGAAGUCGACGGUCUCUCGCAUUCUGCGGGACAAUUCUCUCCACCGGUUUCACUACACAAAAGUCCAGAAACUCGAGCCAGGAGAUGCAGCUCAGCGUUUGCAUUACUCUCAAGAGUUUCUGGCUUUGUAUUACCGGAAUGAAAACUUUUUGUCCCAAAUCCUGUGGACAGAUGAGAGUCUGUUCACCAGAGAGGGGAUUUUCAAUCAGCAUAAUUUGCACAAUUAUGGGGUUGAAAAUCCCCACUUGGGUGGAAGGUACUACACAUUCCUUACGGAGAGGCUCACGGAAAUGCUGGACGAUAUACCGAUCGCAAGUAGACCUCAGUGGUUUCAGCAGGAUGGAGCACCACCCCACUCUGCUCGACAAGUCAGUGCCUAUCUGAAUCUGCAGUUUCCUGGGCGUUCGUUAGGUUGCUUUGGUUCGCUCCGCUGGCCAGCACGAUCACCUGAUUUGACGCCGCUAGACUUCUUCCUUUGGGGCUACCUGAAGGAACAAGUCUACAAGACAGAGCCAGAGACUGCGGAGGACUUGGUGGCACGACUGCAUGCAGCCGUGACCAACGUGGAUCCUGAGAAGCUUCGGCUUGUGAGGAUGGGAGUCCUCAGGAGGAUUCAUGCUUGUGUGGCGGCUGGAGGAGGACACUUCCAGCAACUGCCAACAUAA